UAACAACAGCAUUGCAGAGGAAGGCUGUGCUGCUCUAUCAUCAGCGCUUUACUCCAAUCCUUCACACCUGAUAGAUCUGGAUCUGAGUGAUAACAAUCUAGGAAUGCCUGGAGUGAAGCAGCUGUGUUCCUUCCUGAAUAAAACAGACUGUAGACUGCAGCAGUUGAAACUUUCAUUCUGCAGUAUAACAGAAGAAGGAUAUGCUGCUCUGGCUUUAGCUCUAAAAUCAAACCCCUCCUCACUCCUGAAUGAGCUGGAUCUCAGAGGAAAUGAUCCUGGAGAAACAGGAGUAGAGCUGCUUACUGAUUUACAAAGUGAUGCAGCCAGUAAACUCAAGAAACUAAGGUUGUUAAAAAGCUCUGCUGCAAAGAAAGCUUGUGCUUCUCUGGCUAAAGUACUAGGAACAAACCCUUUACUGCUGAGAGAGCUGGAUCUGAGUGAGAAAAUACAAGGAGACUCAGCAAUGAAGCAACUCUCUGCUCUACUGAAAGAUUCACACUGCAGACCCAAGAAACUUAAGCUGAAAAAUGGCAACAUUUCAGAGAAAGGCUGUGCUGCUCUAUCAUCAGCUCUUUGUUCUAAUCCUUCACACCUGAUAGAUCUGGAUCUGAGUGAUAAUAAACUGUUGACUGCAGGAGUGAAGGAGUUCAGUGCUGUGUUAAAGAAUCCUCAAUGUACACUUCAGAAACUCAAUCUUUCAGGCUGUGGUGUAAUGGGAGAAGGAUAUGCUGAUCUGGCUUCAGCUCUGAAAUUAAACCCUUCAUCACAUCUGAUAGAGUUAGAUCUCAGAGGGAACGAUCCUGGAGACACAGGAGUAAAGGAACUUUAUAAUUUACUGGUGGAUCCACAGCAUAAACUGAGCACAUUGAGGCUAUUAAAAAGCCCUGCUGCAGAGGGUUUCUGUGCUUCUCUGACUGAAGUUCUAGGAACAAACCCUUUACUGUUGACAGAGCUGGAUCUGAGUGAGAAAAUACAAGGAGACUCAUCAGUGAAGCAGCUCUCUGAUCUACUGGAAGAUUUCCACUGCAGAACCACACAACUUAAGCUGAGAAACAGCAAAGUUAAAGAGGAAGGCUGUGCUGCUCUAUCAGCAGCUCUUAAUUCUAAUCCAUCACACCUGAUAGAUUUGGAUCUGAGUGGAAAUAAAAUGGAAAACUGUGGAGUAAAACAGCUUUGUGGUCUGCUGGAGAAUCCACAGUUCAAAUUGUCAAAACUCCAGUUGUGUGAUUGUAAUAUUACUGAUGAAGGCAGUGCAUCUCUGUGUUCAGCUCUGAAAUCAAACCCCUCACAUCUAAAAGAGCUGGAACUGAGUAAUAAUAGACUGGGAGAUUCAGGUGUUAAGCACCUUACUGAUCUCCUGCAGGAUCCAAACUGCAUACUAGAAAAACUGAACCUCAGUUUUUGCUGCAUCUCUAAAGAAGGAUAUGCUGAUCUUUCUUCAGCUCUUAAAUCCUCAUCACAUCUGGAAGAGCUGGAUCUCAGUGGUAAUGACCCUGGGGAAAAGGGAGUGGAGCUUCUUACUGCUCUGAUAGAGGAUCCAAACUGUAGUUUGAAGACUCUAAGACUGUUAAAAACUGCUGCUGCAAAGGAAGCUUGUGAUUAUCUGACUGAAAUUCUAGGAAAAAACCCAUUACUCCUUCCAGAGCUGGAUCUGAGUGGAAAAAUAGCAGGAGAUUUGGGAAUGAAGCAGCUCUCAGAUCUACUGGAGGAUUCACACUGCAGAACUGAAAAACUAAAGUUAAAUAACAAUGGUUUUACAGAGAAAGGCUGUGCUGAUCUGGAAAAAGCCCUUUCUUCUAAUCCUUCACACCUGAAAGAGUUAGAUCUGAGUGGAAAUAAAGUUGAAAACUCUGGAGUGAAGGCGAUUUCUCACCUACUGAAGAUUUCAAAUUGCAGACUUAGAAAACUAAAUAUCUCAGACUGUAGUGUAACAGAGGAAGGAUAUGCUGAUCUGGUUUCAGCUCUGAAAUCAAACUCAUCACUGGUAGAGCUGGAUCUCAGAGACAAUGAUCCUGGAAAUACAGGAGUGAAGACAUUUUCUGAUUUACUGAAGGAACCAAACUGUACACUGAAGACAGUGAGGUUUUUGAAGACUCCUGCUGCAGAGGAAGCCUGUGCUUCUCUUUCUGCAGAUCUGGGAGUAAAUCUUUUACUGCAGACAGAGCUGAACCUGAACAGGAAUCCAGCAGGACUUUCAGGAGAUUCCAGAGUGAAACAACUGUGUGCUGUUCUGCAGGAUAAACACUGCAAACUGAGGAAACUCAAGAACAACGAUGAUGAUCUAACAGAAGGAAGCUGUUGUGCUUUAGCUUCAAUUCUCACCUCAUCCUCUCUGGUAGAACUUGACCUGAGCAAUAACAACCUGCAGGAUUCAGGAGUGUUGAAGCUCUGCACGGCUCUGGGAAAUCCUCUGUGUAAACUGGAGACUCUGAGGCUUUCAUAUUGUUGUGUAAGGGAGGAUGGCUAUGAAGCUUUGGUUUCAGCUCUGAGCUCAAAUGCCUCUUCACGUUUAGUAGAGCUGGAUCUCAGAGGGAAUGAUCCUGGAGACAGAGGAGUGGAGCUGCUUGUUGACUUAUUUGUGAAACAGUGCAAUCAGAAAAAACUAAGGCUGCUGAAAAGUGAUGCUGCAGAGGAAGCCUACACUCAUCUUAAACGCAGUCUGGACGAAGACCCCUUAUUGCAGAGAAGGUUGGAUCUGAGUAAGAUUGAACCAAAUAUGAUAAUAGUGAAGCAGAUGUCUGAUCUACUGGAGGAUCCACAUUGCAGACUGAGGAAACUCACUAUGUAUAAAGCUGGCAGUAUUAGAGAGACAGACUGUACUGAUCUGAUUUCUGCUCUGAUUAUAAAUCCCUCACACCUGAUAGAGCUGAAUCUGAAUGAAAAUAAACUAGAUAUCAAAGGACUCCUAAAGCUCUGUGAUCUACUGAAGAUGUCUCACUGUAAACUGGAGAAACUAAGUCUCAGUGGUUGCUGUAUCUCAGAGGAAGGAUAUGCUGCUCUGGCUUCAGCUCUGAAAUCAAAUCCAUCAUCCUCCCUGAGAGAGUUGGAUCUCCGAGAAAACAACCCUGGAAACACAGGGGUGGAGUUGAUCACUGACCCAGACUGUAAACUAAAAACUCUUAGGUUGUUAAAAAGCUCUGCUGCAGAAGAAGUCUGUGCUUCUCUGACUAAAGUUCUAGGAAUAAACCCCUUACUGCUGAGAGAUCUGGAUCUGAGUGGAAAAUUACAAGGAGAUUCAGGAAUCAAGCAACUCCCUGAUCUGCUGAAGGAUCCACACUGCAGAACAGAGAAAAUAAAGCUGAAGGACAGCAGGAUUACAGAGGAAGAGUGUGCAGCUCUGUUAUCAGCUCUUUGUUCGAAUCCUUCACACCUGGUAGAGCUGGAUCUGAGUGGAAGUAAAGUAGGAAACUCUGGAGUGGAGACAAUUUCUCAGCUACUAAAGAAUUCUGAAGGAAAAAUGAAAAAGCUAAAUCUCUCAGAAUGCAGUAUAUCAGAGAAAGGAUAUUCUGCUCUAGCAUCAGCUCUGAAAUCAAACCCCACAUCGCCACUGAUGGAGCUAGAUCUAAGAGGGAAUGAUCCUGGAGAUAAAGGAGUAAAGCUGCUUACUGAUCUAAAAGAAGAAAAGAAGUACAACCUCAUCAUACUAAGGCUGUUGAAAAGUCCCGCUGCAGAGAAAAUAUGUGCUUCUCUGAGCAAAAUUCUACAGACAAACCCUUUACUGCUGACAAAACUUGAUCUGAGUAAAAAAAUAAAAGGAGAAUCAGAAGCGAAGCAGCUCUCUGAUCUACUGAAGGAUUUACACUGCAGAACUCAGAUAGUCAGGCUGAAUAACUGCAGUAUUACAGAGAAAGGUUGUGAGGCUCUCUCAGAAGCUCUUUGUUCUAAUCCUUCUCAUCUGAUCGAGCUGGAUCUAAGUGAUAAUAACCUAGGAAACUCUGGAGUGAAGCAUAUUUGUACACUACUGACCAGUCAGUACAGUAAACUGCAGAGACUUGGACUUUCAUGUUGCAGUGUAACAGGGGAGGGAUAUGAUGCUCUGACUUCAGCUUUGAAAUCAAACUCCUCAUCACCCCUGAUAGAGCUGGAUCUCAGAGGAAACAAUCCUGAAAAUACAGGCGAGGAUCUUAUCAGCUACUUCACUUGUGUCUCUAAGGGUAUGAGGAAAACCCUAAGGCUUCUGAAAAGUGAUGAUGCAGAGGAAGCCUUCAACUGUUUAAAACACAAUCUGCAGAAAAACCCUUUACUGCCAGUCGUGCUGAAUCUGAGUAAAACUGAACCACAACAGAUUAAAGUGAAGCCACUGUCUGCUCUGCUGGAGGAUCCACACUGCAAACUGAAGAAACUAAUAAUCUACAAAACAGGCAGCAUUACAGAGAGAGACUGUGAUGAUUUGAUUUCUGGUCUGGUUAAACAUCCCUCAUACCUGAAAGAGCUGGAUCUGAACAAGAACAAACUAGACAGAUCAGGACUCCAAAAGCUCUGUGAUCUACUGAAGAAUCCUCACUGUAGACUGGAGCAACUGAGUCUUAAUAGUUGCUGUAUCUCAGAGGAUGGAUAUGUUGAUGUGGCUUCAGCUCUGGAAUCGAACCCCUCAUCACACCUGGUAGAGCUGGAUCUCAGAGACAAUGAUCCUGGAGAAACAGGAGUGAAGCUGCUCUCUGAUUUACUAAAUAAUCCACACAGAAAAUUGAAGACAAUUAGACUGCUGAACAGCUCUGCUGCAGAGGAUUUAUGUGCUUCUCUGACUGAAGCUCUAGGAACAAACCCUUUACUGCUGACAGAGCUGAAUCUGAAUGAGAAAAUAACAGGAGAUUCAGCAGUGAAGCAGCUCUCUGAUCUACUGAAGGAUUUACACUGCAGAACUAAGAUACUGAAGUUAAAUAACAGCAGUAUUACAGAGCGAGGCUGUGCUGCUCUAUCAGCAGCUCUGUGUUCUAAUCCUUUACAUCUGAUAAAGCUGGAUCUAAGUGGGAACAAACUAGGGGACUCUGGAGUGAAAGAGAUAUGUCAUCUGCUAAAGAACUCAAACAGCAAACUUGAGUUGCUGAAUCUCUCAGACUGCAGUGUAUCAGAAGAAGGAUAUGCUGCUCUGGCUUCAGCUUUAAAAUCAAACAUCUCAUCACAUCUGAAAGAGCUGGAUCUCAGAGGAAAUGACCCUGGAAACAAAAGCGUAAUGGAUCUUUACUAUUUACGACAGGAUCCAAUUUAUGAACUGAAGACACUGAGGCUGUUGAAGACUGCUGCUGCAGAUAAAGCCUGGACUUCUCUUUCUUCAGCUCUUGGAAUGAAUGUCUUACUGCAGACAGAGUUGAAGCUGCGCAGGAAUCCAGCAGGACUUUCAGGAGAUUCCAGAGUGAAAAAACUGUGUGCUUUACUGCAGGACACACACUGCAAACUGAGAAAGCUCCACAUCAACGAUGAUGAUCUAACAGAGAAAAGCUGUUCAGCUUUAGCCACAGUUCUCACCUCAUCCAGUCUGAGAGAACUCAACCUGAGCCACAACAACCUGCAGGAUUCUGGAGUGGAUUUCCUCUGCAGUGCAUUGAAGAAUCAUCUCUGUAAACUACAGAUCCUAAGCCUUUCAUUCUGCAGUGUAACAGAGAGAGGAUAUGCAGCUCUGGCAAAAGCUCUGAAAUCAAACUCCUCAUUACACCUACAGUUGGAUCUCAGAGGGAACGAUCCUGGAGAUACAGGAGUGAAGGAGAUCACCCAAUGUAAACUGAACAAAUUAAGACUAUUGAAAAGUGAUGCUGCAGAACAGGCCUUCAGUAGUAUUGAAGAACAACUGAAAACCAACCCUUUACUGGAGAGGGAGCUGGACCUGAGCACGAAGAAACCAAAAGAUAUUAAUGUAAAGGAGCUCUCAGCGCUAUUGGAAGAUCCACACUGCAGACUGCAGAAAUUUACGAUGUAUUAUGCUGGGAGUAUGUUUAAUGCUGGUAUGACAGAGCAAGACUGUGCUGAUGUGAUUUCUGCUUUAAUUAAAAACCCCUCACACGUGAGAGAGCUGGAUCUGAAUGGGAAUAAACUACAUCCAUCAGCACGGCUAAAUCUCUGGGAUCUGCUGAAGAAUCCUCUUUGUAAACUGGAGAAACUGAAGCUUAAUAACUGCAGUAUAGAAGAGGAAGGCUGUGCUACUUUGGUUUCAGCACUAACUUCAAACCCCUCACAACUGAAAGAGCUGGAUCUGUCUGGAAAUCCACUGGGAAAGUCUGUGGAAAAGCUUGCUGCACUAUUGAAGGAGUCAGGAUGUGUGCUGAGAGUGGAUCAAUCACUAUUCCAAAAGGCUGGAAAAGUAGCUUCAUAUCUGUGGCCUUUCAGCAAACUUGCUGGAGUUAAACAGUAUGAACAGAAUCUGAAUAACAGUGCAGAGAAACUUGCUGUUAAACCGAAAAAACAGAAACCGGGUCAGAGUGCAGAGACACUUACUGAAGUUAAACAGAAAAAACAGAAACAGGAUAAGAGUGCAAAGAAUCUUGCCGAAGUUAAUCAGAAUGAACAGAAACCGAAUCAGAGCGCAACGACACUUGCUGAAGUUAAACUGAAUGAACAGAAACUGGAACUGAGUGCAGAGGGACUUGCUGAAGUUAAACUGAAUGAACAGAAACCAGAUCAGAGUGCAGAGAGACUUGCUGGAGUUAAUCAGAAUGAACAGAAACCGGGAUCAGAGAAUAUCCUGACAUAUUUUAUCUGGUACUGA